AUGACUGUUAAUUAUAAGAGAAAGGUUGUGCUUAUUGAUAACUACGAUUCCUUCACCUGGAACUUGUAUGAGUACCUGUGCCAGGAGGGAGCAGAUGUACAAGUGUACCGUAAUGAUAAAAUUACGCUCGAUGAAGUCAUUGCGUUGGAGCCGGAAGUGAUGUUCAUUUCUCCUGGGCCCGGACACCCUCAAACGGACUCAGGUAUAUCCAGAGAUUGCAUAAGCCACUUCGCCGGAAAAAUUCCGGUUGUUGGCGUCUGCAUGGGUCAGCAGUGUAUGUUCGAGGUUUUUGGCGGUAACGUUGGAUACGCCGGUGAAAUUGUACACGGAAAGACCUCUCAAAUCACUCAUGACAACAAAGGCAUUUUUAAAGAUGUACCACAAGGUGUAUCCGUUACUCGCUAUCACUCUCUAGCCGGCGAAAUAUCAUCGCUUCCAGAUGUUUUGGAAGUAACAGCAAGGACAGACUCGGACGUCAUAAUGGGUGUAAGGCAUAAGAAGUUUACCGUGGAAGGUGUCCAAUUCCACCCAGAGUCGAUUCUAUCUGAAGCUGGCCACACAAUGAUCAAAAAUAUUCUCAGCAUUCAGGGAGGAACUUGGGAAGAGCAUGAAAGACUUACGGCUUCAAAUAUUGCCAAGAAAUCCUCCAUUCUUGAGAAAAUCUAUGCUAAAAGACAAGAAGAUGUUCUGUCUCAAGCCAGUACUCCUGGUUUUACAGAACGCGAUCUGCAAUUCAAUUUCAAACUUGGAAUUGCCCCUGAGGUACAAAAUUUUUACAAUAAGCUGCAUAAUGACUCCAGCGGCGCAGCUGUUAUCGCCGAAAUAAAGAGGGCGUCUCCCUCAAAAGGUGAUAUUGACGUUAAUGCUAUUGCUGCCGAGCAGGCGGUAAAGUACGCGAAAGCUGGUGCGUCAGCUAUUUCAGUUCUCACAGAGCCUCACUGGUUCAAAGGAAGCCUUCAGGAUUUGGUGAACGUAAGAAGGGCUCUGGAGAAUGAGUUCAAGGAAAAUCCGGAGGCUCGUCCUUGUGUGCUCCGUAAAGAGUUCAUUUUCAACAGAUAUCAAAUCCUGGAAGCCCGUCUAGCUGGUGCAGAUACCGUUCUUCUUAUUGUGAAGAUGCUGCCACAACCAUUGUUGCGCGAUCUUUACUAUUAUUGUAAGAAUGAAAUGGAUAUUGAACCUCUGGUGGAAGUUAGUUCUAAGGAAGAAAUGGAUAGAGCAAUUGAGCUGAACGCUACAGUCAUUGGUGUUAACAAUAGAGAUCUACAUUCUUUUACAGUAGAUUUGAAUACCACAAGCUCUUUGGUAUCCGCCGUACCCAAAGGAACUGUGUUGCUGGCACUUUCAGGCAUAACAUGCGGUGCAGACGCUAGAAAUUACAAACAAGAAGGUGUAAAUGGGUUUUUGGUGGGUGAAGCUUUGAUGAGAGCAGCCGAUGUAAAUGCUUUGGUCAAAGAACUGAUUAGUCAGUGA